CGUCCGUUGGUUGGCUGCCUGGCUGGCCCGAUCCAUCCUCCCCCUUCGAUCCCUACGUUUAUAUACUACGGACAUCUUCUCCCGCACCAUCUCUUUGCCGUUGAUCUUGCCAACCACCAUCCACGACUCGUGCGAGUUUGUAUACAACAGAGGAGACCGCACGCCUGCAAGUUUGCGCAGCAGCAAGAGCACCAGGCAUCAAAGCUGGAAACAACAAGGAACCAAACAUCGCUCCCCAAAUCGACACCAAUCCAUCAUGGGUUUCUCCAGCGAUGUCGAGCAGCAUGCUUUCGACGAGGAGGUUAUGCAGGUCGAGGAGUGGUGGAAAUCGCCACGCUUUGCUCGCACCACGCGCCCCUACACUGCACAGCAGGUCGUCUCCAAGCGCGGCACACUCAAGCUGACCUACCCGUCAGGUGAAAUGGCCAAGAAACUUUGGAAGACGCUCGAGAACCACGCAUCGCAGGGCACUACGUCUCAUACCUAUGGAGCUCUCGACCCUGUGCAGGUUACGCAGAUGGCCAAGCACCUCGAGACUGUGUACGUCUCCGGAUGGCAAUCGAGCUCUACUGCGAGCAGUACCAACGAACCUGGUCCCGAUUUGGCUGACUACCCAUACAACACUGUUCCCCAAAAAGUCGAGCACCUUUUCAUGGCACAGCUCUUCCACGACCGCAAGCAGCGCGAAGCACGAGCCAACAUGUCACCCGAUCAGCGCUCUAAAACUCCUUAUAUCGAUUACCUGCGCCCCAUUGUCGCGGACGCCGACACGGGUCACGGAGGUCUGACUGCUGUCAUGAAGCUCACCAAGCUAUUUGUCGAGAAGGGCGCUGCUGGUAUCCACAUCGAGGACCAGGCACCAGGCACCAAGAAAUGUGGUCAUAUGGCCGGUAAGGUGCUUGUACCCAUCAGCGAGCACAUCAACCGCUUGAUUGCCAUUCGCCUGCAGUUUGACAUCAUGGGUGUCGAUAACCUUUGCGUCGCACGUACCGAUUCGGAGGCGGCUACGCUCAUCACUACCAACGUUGACGAGCGCGACCACUCCUUUAUUCUGGGCAGCACCAACCCCAAUCUCGAGCCACUCGUCGACGUGAUGAACCGCGCAGAGCGCGAGGGCAAGACUGGUGACGCACUCCAGAAGAUCGAGGAUAAUUGGAGCGCGCAGGCGGGUCUGAAGCUCUUCACAGAUGCCGUCGCCGAUGCGAUCCGCAAGAAUGGUGACAGCGGCAAGGCGGAGCAGUUCAUCAAGGAGGCUCAAUAUAGCGCAAACCACAAGGCUCGCGCUCUGGCGGCCAAGUACGGCGUCAGCGAGAAGAGCGGCUUCUUCUGGGACUGGGACGCGCCACGCACGCGCGAGGGAUACUACCGCUACCAGGGCGGCACGCAGUGCGCCAUCAACCGUGCGAUUGCGUUUGCACCGUACUGCGACCUGAUCUGGAUGGAGACUAAGAGCCCGAUCUACACGCAGGCCAAGGAGUUUGCUGAUGGCGUGCGCGCCAAGGUGCCUGGCCAGUGGCUCGCGUACAACCUCUCACCGUCAUUCAACUGGGACGCAGCGGGCCUCAGCACAGACAAGAUGCAAAGCUACGUCUGGGACCUGGCCAAGCUCGGCUUCGUCUGGCAGUUCAUCACGCUUGCCGGUCUGCAUUCGAACGCAUACAUCUCGGAUCACUUCGCCAAGGCGUUCGCCAAGGAAGGCAUGAAGGCGUACGUAGAGCUUGUGCAGCGCAAGGAGCGGGAUAUUGGAUGCGACGUCCUCACGCACCAAAAGUGGUCCGGUGCCGAGUACGUCGACUCGCUCCUCAAGACGGUCACCGGCGGCGUCUCGUCCACUGCAGCCAUGGGCGGCUAUAACUCGGAGUCGCAGUUUGUCAGCAAGCAUUGAGAGCAGAGGGGAUGAGAUUCGAACCGUACUCGACGCAAUCACUCGCCCUUCUUCCAUCACUCCUUCGCUUUCUUCCACCGUUUGCGCCACCAAAUGCAGGACGGAGCG